AUGCUCACCCUGCUCCCGCUCUUGGCCUCGAGCUUCGCGCCGCCGCCGCGCGUCCGCGUCGUGCGCGUCGCGCCGCGGCGCGCCAGCGACCUUUUGCUCAUCGGCGACGUCGGCGGCACGAACUCGCGCCUGCAGCUGCACGAGAUGGCGCGGUCCGAGGUCGCGGAAUGCGCGUUCGACGGCACGGGCUGCGCGGCGGCGGCGGCGUCGGGGAAACUCGUGAGCGAGCGGCGCUACGAGAACGCGCGCUUCGCGUCCUUCGACGCCGUCGUCGCCCAGUUCUUCCGCGACGAGGCGCUCGCGGACGCCCACCUCGCCGUCGUCUGCCUCGCCGUCGCCGGCGUCGUGAAGAACAACGCGUGCCAGCUCACGAACCGCGACGCGCUCUGGCGCAUCGACGGCGCGGCGCUCGACGCGGCGCUCCCCAAGGGCGCCGCCAAGGUCGUGCUCGUCAACGACUUCCUCGGCGCGGGCUACGGCCUGCUGAGCCUCGACCCCCGGGACAGUGUCGACCUCGCCCCCGGAGACGCGGACGGCGACGGGCCCAUGGCGUGCCUCGGCGCGGGCACGGGCCUCGGCGAGGUCUACCUGACGCCGAACCUCGGCGCCGAGGGCCUGGGCUACACGGCGUGGCCGACGGAGGGCGGCCACGUCGACCUCGCGCCGCGCGACGACGAGGAGGCGGAUCUGCUCGCCUGGCUCAAGGCGCGCGUCACGGGCGGCGGCCGCGUGAGCGUCGAGCGCGUCUGCUCCGGGCCGGGCGUCGCGCACGUCUACGCGUUCCUCGCCGAGCGGCGCGCCGCGGACCCCGGCGUCGCCGCGGAGGUCGCGGAGGCCGACGCCGUCGGCCAGGGCGCGCGCGUCAUCGGCGCGGCCGCGGCGGAGGGCCGCUGCGACGUCUGCGCGCGGGCCAUGGACAUCUUCGCGAGCCUUUUGGGCAACGAGGCGGGCAACGCGGCGCUCAAGUGGAACCCGACGUCGGGCCUCUUCCUCGCCGGCGGCGUCUGCGUCGACGAGAACAACCGGCGGCUCUUCCGCGACGACGGCCCGUUCAUGGCCGCCUACCGGGACCGCGGCCGCGUGUCGCCGUUCCUCGACGACAUCCCCGUGCGGCUCGUCACGGAGAAGGACCUCGGCCUCCGCGGCGCGAAGCUCCUCGCGACGAGCAUCCUCGCGAGCGCCAACCGCAAGGCCCCGUCCGCGGCGCUCCCGCGCGCAACAACCUGGGCGGCGCGGCGGCCGGGCGCGCUGGCGCCGCGCGCCGUGGCGGCGCGGUGCUUCUCCGUCGAGGACGUGCCCGUGCCGUCCAUGGGCGACUCCAUCACCGAGGGCACGGUGGCGGAGUGGAGCGUGGAAGUCGGCGACACCGUCGCGGUCGACGACAUCGUCGUCAUGAUCGAGACGGACAAGGUGUCCGUCGAGGUCCGCGCGCCCGUGAGCGGCGCGGUCACGGAGCUCCUCGCGGAGCUCGACGACGUCGUCGAGGUCGGCGCGCCGCUCUUCAAGAUCGACACGAGCGUCGAGGUCGCGGCGGCCGCGCCGGCCGCGGCCGCGCCGGCGGCCGCGGCGCCCGCGGCGCCCGCGGCGGAGGCGCCCGCGGCGCCGGCGCCCGCGGCGGCCCCCGUGCCCGCGCCGACGCCGGCGCCGGCGAUGCCGGAGCCGCCCAAGGCCGCGGGGAGCCGCGGCGAGACGCGCGUGAAGAUGAACCGCAUGCGGCAGCGCAUCGCCGAGCGGCUCAAGGAGGCGCAGAACACGGCCGCGUGCCUCACGACGUUCCAGGAGUGCGACAUGGGCGCCCUCAUGGAGCUCCGCAAGGCCCACAAGGACGAGUUCGAGAAGGUCCACGGCGUCAAGCUCGGCUUCAUGUCCGCGUUCGUCGCGGCUUCCACGAAAGCGUUGAUCGAGAUCCCCGCGGUCAACGCGUACAUCGACGACGACGCCAAGGAGAUCGUCUACCGCGACUACUGCGACGUGUCCGUGGCCGUGGCGUCGCCCAACGGCCUCGUCGUGCCCGUGCUGCGGAACACGGAGGCCAUGUCGUUCGCGGACGUCGAGAAGACGAUCGGCGCGUUCGGCGCGAAGGCGCGCGCGGGCGCGCUCGCGCUCGAGGACAUGGCCGGCGGCACCUUCACCAUCUCCAACGGCGGCGUCUUCGGCUCCCUCAUGGGCACGCCCAUCAUCAACCCGCCCCAGUCCGCGAUCCUCGGCAUGCACGCGACGAAGAUGCGCGCGGUCGUCGCCAAGGACGGGUCCGUCGUCGCGCGGCCGAUGAUGUACCUCGCCCUCACCUACGACCACCGCAUGAUCGACGGCCGCGAGGCCGUCACCUUCCUCAAGAGCGUCGCCAACAAGAUCGAGGACCCCGCGCGGCUCCUCCUCGACAUCUAGGGCGGGGGCUCCCCGCCAUAUGCCCCGCCGCCCCCCGCGCCCCGCCCAGCCUAUAGAAGAAUCACUGCGGAGGCGCGUAGAAUUCAGCCUG